AUGAUGUUCCAACGAGAUUCCAGCAGAAUCGCAAACUACGUAUGCAUUCUGCUUGUCCUUCAAUACAGAUGCCUUGUUCAAGCAGAGAGCUUCACCUAUCCGACAGCAACCGAAUAUGAAUUCAUCGUGGGAGACCUGGUCAAUGUAUCAUGGGAUGUGGUGACAUCGCGCGUUUCUCUCUAUGAAGUGUGCAACACCAAGAUAUCUCUGCUAUUAAACGUCACCAACCCCUACAGCUACGUCUGGAACGCAACCCGCGACAACUACAGAGAGUCCGGCUGCGCGUUCGAGCUCGAUUCACUGGACAUGUUCGGUAAUCUUGACCCACCAGUACUCACCAGUGUCAAGUUCGGUGUGAGCAAGCGUCAGAAAGAUGACCCCCCACCCGAAUUUUACAACAUGUACGACCCGACCAGCAGCACUUCUAGCAGCACUUCCAGCACUACUUCUGCAACAUCCACAUCUACGUCCUCUUCACAUGGUACCAGCACCGCGGUGGCCGAGACAACAGCAGCGUCCUCUAUCCCCUCUACUGCCGAUAAUAGCAGUGGUCUUACUGUCGCACAGAAAGUUGGGAUUGGUCUCGGGGUCCCGCUAGGAGUGUUGGCUAUGUCCAUCAUUGGGGCAUUAAUCUUUUUGUAUCGCCGUCGAUCGCAAAGAGCGAGGGGGUUGGACGAGACUCCAAAUUCGGAUGAACCAACACCCUCUGUGAUGGUUGGCGCGGCAAAGGAUACCUUGGAUACUCGCAUGUCCAGGGCGGAAACAGUAAUCGCGGAACUGCCUUCUCCGUCUUUCGACACGGAAGGUAUAGAAGAGGUGUCAAAUCAUAGACCGGUGAGCGAGAUAAUGGGAACGCCUCGGAAUGAGCUUGGUGCGUGA